AUGGUCUCCCCGUCCAGUGCAACAACACACACAGCUCCAGCUCCAGCUCCAGCUUCAACUACAUCAGCAAUAGAAUCACACCCAGGACCUGCCACAGUUUACGAAACAUACACAAUAUCGGGCUCACCACCACCCACGUCAACAACAACAACGAGAAUAGUCACCGCCGACUCCACGCAAACCUACCUUCUCGGCCCAUUGACCACAACGUUCACCGCGCCCAGCCGAUGCAAUCAGGCGUAUUGGUUCUCAAGCAGUAGUCGAGUUUACGAUCCCACUUUAGGUCAAAUUUGUACGAAUGUUGGUGGACAGGCCGACUACAACCAGGAUACCUCCUGUCUUCCUCCAGUAAAAUCCACCAUCCUCGGAAGUUUAGUUGGCGGUUCGGAUAUUCUCUACACUACCUAUAACUACAAGGGCUACUACUCGCCCGGUAUCGCGUGCCCCGCUGGAUAUUCAACAGCUUGCGCUGCACAAGCAGGGGCUGAUGGAAUCCGGUCUGCAUUAUCCAGCAUUCAGAGUUUCGGUUUUGUAUACGCGGCAACUGCUGAUGAGACGGUGGUGGGAUGCUGUCCAACAGGAUACCAAUGUACCAGUCUUCUUUCUACCCAGUGGUGUCAGCGUGUAAUCGCCUCCACAACGCAGCCCUUGGUCACCUGCAUGAACGGCACCAACGGUGCUCCAGCGUCAACAACAACACUGUUCAUUCUCCCGACCACGGUCACCUUGUCGUCCUCGGACACGCUUCUUUCAACAGAGGUCACAGCAACAACUAACCUCACGACUCUUUCGAUGCUCGCAACCAUGAUCCAAAUCAACUUCCAAGCGACUGAUCUUACCUCCACGGCAACACUGUCAUCAUCCUCCUCCUUUUCAACAUUAUCAUCAACUUCGCUACCCACAUAUCCGACCAGUACUGAUAGUGGCAGCAGCAGCGGCAGUAACAAUCACCACAAAACCACAACGAUUGCCAUCUCCGUCGUCAUCCCAUGUGUGGCAGUCCUCAUCGCGGCGUCAUUGGGAUGGCUCUGGUAUCGUCGGAGGGCUAGGAAACAACAACCUUCUACCGCCUACCAAGCCGUAAAGUCGAGCGAGCCCACCGAAAUGCGCGGGGAUCCAUCUCGACAUGAAAUGGAGGGGUCACCGGUCGCAUACGAGAUGGCCAAUGCGAAUUUGGGUUCUGUGAUGCAUGAGAUGUAUGCUGGUAAAUGA